AUCCGGAAUGCCUGAUAAUCGGGCGAGCGCUCCGGCAGCUUUUUCUUAUAUGACACAUGUUACAAAACUAUUAGACCCGCGGAUUGAUUGCCCCAUUCCGUGCAACCGGUCACAGAUUCUGGACGGUGAAGCGGCAAGUGAUAUCCUCAAAGUCCUGCACCGCAAGAGAUCCGUUGUAGCUGGCGUUUCCGGCAUGGCUGGAGAGGAACGCCGUAGAGGAUUCCGAGCUCCAAGCCGCCUGUCGGAUGCAUUGAGAUGUGGCACUCAGGGCAGAAUGCUGGCCCGCGACUCACCACUAGGGCCCUCGCAUUUGACGUCUUUGCACAUCAGCGACGUCAUCAGCCCUGCUCUGCAGCAUCGACCACCCCGUGCUUACAUGUUGACGCAGAUACGUACCGACAAGUUGGAUCUUCCCGUUGCUGCUCGGCUUCACCUGGAAUCGCGCAUUGUCGUCCAUCUGUUGGUUGCCGAACUCAAGCCCGUU